AUGGCACUUAAAAGAAUCCAAAAAGAACUCGCAGAUCUUCAGCGCGAUCCUCCUACAAACUGUAGUGCAGGUCCAACUGAUGAUAAUGACCUUUAUAACUGGACCGCCACUUUAAUAGGCCCAGAUGACUGCCCAUAUCAGGGAGGAGUAUUUUUCUUGAAUAUCCAAUUCCCUACUGACUACCCAUUCAAACCACCAAAAGUGACGUUCACAACUCGUAUUUAUCACCCCAACAUUAACGCUAAUGGAGGGAUAUGUUUGGAUAUAUUAAAAGACCAAUGGAGCCCUGCCUUGACAAUCAGCAAAGUCUUACUCUCAAUCAGCUCUUUGCUAACAGAUGCAAAUCCAAAUGACCCAUUAGUGCCUGAAAUAGCACAUCUCUAUAAAAAUGACAGAGCAAGAUAUGAUGCAACUGCAAGAGAGUGGACAAGAAGGUAUGCAGCAUAA